AUGAAUCUUCCUAAGUUGCAGGCAAGCCCGGUAUCGGCCACCACAUACAAGACCCAAAACGGCACUACCGGCACGGGUCCCAUUUCGCUCGCCGCCGAAUUCCAUCGACGCAACCAGUACCGCGCCGCCGCUGUGGAAGACAUGGCUCACAAGGCUGUCAGAAUGGACGCUAAAACGUUCCGCGACAAAUUCUUUCCUUUGCCUGCCGUCGUAUCCCCCGACGAUCGACCGGAGUGGGACCGCAACCUGUUCAAGGGCCUCGCCAAAGUAGAGGCCACGGAUCCGGAAAUGCUUGAGGCGAAAACGGCAGAGGAAUUUAUCAAGGCCAUCAAGUCCGUGGCUAACCUGACUCCCAAAUUACGGCUUGCCGAGUCGCAACAUCGUCCCGACCAGGGCGACAGAUCCAAGCUGAGGGUCGACGCCGGCUUCUUCCGCCAGAACUUCGUGCCCACGGACAAAAGGCCCCACUGGGCAGAUCAAAUCGUUCCUGUGGAGUUCAAAUCGCACGACACGAAGAACGACCCGUACGACGAUCGACCGAAGAAGUUCGUGGAGGCGGAGGCUCUCACACGCAAAGAAGUCCGCGGUCAGCUCAUUGACUACGCGGAGCACAUCUUCCGUUAUCAACACCGCACCGAACUCUACAUGCUGCUCAUCUUGGGUCGGCGGUUUCGGUUCCUCCGGUGGGAUCGGUCGGGUACAAUUGUCACCCCGGCAGCGGACUACUGUCAGGACCCGGAUAUGCUCUGCGAAAUGCUAUGGCGGAUGUCGCUGCUCAACGACGAGCAGCUUGGAUUGGACCCGGCCGCCGAACGGCUCCUCCCGAACAUGGACCAGUACAAGGACAUGGACGCAGCGGCUGUCCCCCGGUCCUCCGACAUCGAUCACACGCCGCGUUCCCUUGCCCCCAACGAAGACAUCCCUAAAAACUUCGUAUUUCGCUACGUCCGUGAGGCCUUCGCGAACUCGCUCGACCCCAAGUGGCCUCGGUAUUGCCUCUCAGUACCGAAUGGAACAGGCGUACGGAAGUUCCUCGUUGGCAAGCCUAAUUUCCACGCGUCUGGAAUGGCUGGGCGUGGUACGCGAGGAUACGUUGCCCUUGAUUGCGAAACCCUCCGUUUCGUGUGGUUGAAGGACGCGUGGCGUGCGUACUACGACCUCGUCCAACAGGAGGGUGCGGUUCUGGCAGAGUUGAACAAGGCUGGCGUACCCAACGUCCCGACGCUGGUAUGUCAUGGCGACAUCCUUGAACAGAAGAGCCGGACACCGGAAUUCUGGAAGCCGCCAGUGAAGCCUGCAAACACCACUUCCGCUUCGGCUCCCCCUUCCAGCGCCCCUGCGAACCGAUCUUCCUCGCGCACACUGGCGGAAGUGCAACAGCCAGAAGUCAAGAAACUUCUCAAGCGGCGAAGAUCCGAAGUGGAUACUAGCGACACAGCGAUCUUUGACAGCGACGCCACACUGUCCGACGACGACGACGACGCGUCGCCCGACGUCGACAAUACAUCGCCUGACACCGAUGCCGCAUCGUCUAACAGCGACGCUGCCUCACCCGACACUGCUGCUGCACUGGCUGAAGACGAGGUUCACGAGAACUGCCCGCUCCGACGGCACAUGCAUUACCGAGUGGUUGUCAAGGAGGUUUGUAUGCCGCUGGUCAAGUUCACGAGCGGACGGCAGCUGUUGGAGAUCGCACGCAGCUGCGUCAUAGCCCACCGGGACGCGAUGAGAAUCGCGAAGAUCGUCCACCGCGACGUCAGUGGGGGCAACAUGUUGAUACUCCCAAGGACCUUCUACCAUCCCGCGUCGAAGAGGAAGGUCAUCCAGUGGCUAGGUGUUCUUGCUGACUGGGAGCUGUCCAAGCCCGUGGACGAUAAGUCUCCUCCGCGCGCCAGGCAGCCUGAACGUACUGGAACAUGGCAAUACAUGUCGGUCGCCACGCUCAAUGAGCACGCCAAAGUCGUCGAAACUUCCGACGAACUCGAAUCCUUCUUCCACGUCAUACUCUACUACGCCGUGCGAUACCUGGUCUCCAACUGCUCGGAUGCAGGAAACUUCAUCGAGAACUUCUUUGAGUCGUACUCCUUGGUUAACAAGAAGUACCUCUGCGGAAAAACGAAGCGCUCGGCCAUGUACUCUGGCAAGCUGGUCUUGGACGACACGGACUCAUCCCUCAAGUUUAGUUCCCCAUUGGAUUGGUUCCUUUUGCGUCUGCUCGCACUCUUCAAGGCGCACUACGCCGUGGUCCAGCACAAGAAGAAGCAGGCCGAGAAGGCAAAUGCCGUGGAACCAGCCCCCUUCGCAACCGAUGAGCCUUUAGACGUGCCGGUCAUGUUUGAAGAAGAGUUCGAGCCGUUGCAUCCCUUGGAAGAGUCCUCAGCACAGGAACACGAGGAUUCCCUGGCGGACUAUAUCGAGCCGCUGGCAGACGACGACGAGCCGCUGGCAGACGACGACGAGCCGCUGGCAGACGACGACGAGCCGCUGGCAGACGACGACGAGCCGCUGGCAUACGACGACGAGCUGCUGGCAGAUGACGACGAACCACCCGACGCGGCGCAGGUUGCGCUUUCCCUACAGGUUCAAAGCCACGACUGCCUAGUGGAGGCGCUCACGCAUGCGGUGGUCCUACGUGGCUGGAACCGUGGCGAUAGGGUCAGGGGUGACAACGUGUCGCCUUUCUACACGCCUCAGAACGCGGUUGGCCCCAAGGUUUCGAGUGCUAAGAGAAUCCGCACCGGAACCGCUGCAGGCUCCUCCUUCGUAGUUGCCCUCACUAGCCCCGGCUCCUUUUCCGCACUCGACUCAAGUACAUAGGCCUCGACCGUUUUCUAGCUAUGAUCGUGCCCCAGUCUUCGUUCAGUCUCUUCCCGCCGUGGCGCUCAUUUUUUGUACUACGUUGUGAUUUUUCUGCCCACCUAUGUAUACAUUACCUUAUU